AUGGAGAAUCUAACCAACCUGCGGCAUCUCAAUAGUUCAAAUCUAUGGUCUUUAAAAGGGAUGCCAAGACAUCUAGGCAAAUUGACUAAUCUCCAAACCUUAUCUUACUUUGUUGUGGGAAAAGAUAGUGGCACAUCAGGAGUUGGAGAGUUAGGACCCCUAUUACAUCUUCGUGGGAUGUUACACAUCUCAGGACUAGAGAAUGUGACUGGAGCUGAGGAUGCAGCAAUGGCCAACUUGGUUGUCAAGAAUGGCAUUGAUGUAUUGUUAAUGCAAUGGAAUGACAGAGAACUAGUGGAUGCAGAUGUUUUUGAGAUGCUACAGCCUUCAAGUAAGCUCAAGGAGCUUACAGUCAUGGGCUAUGGCGGUCAGAAAUUUCCAUCAUGGAUAGCAAAUCCUUCAUUUUCUAAUAUGGUUGUUAUGAGGUUAGAAUGUUGCACUGGCUGCACAUUAUUGCCCCCACUUGGACUGUUGAUCUCACUCAAGAAACUUAUAAUAAGGAGAAUGCCGAAGAUUGAGAGCAUUGGUAGUGAGUUUUAUGGGGAGGGCUGUUUGAGGCGUUUUCCAUCACUGGAGACUCUUUCAUUUGAAGAUAUGGAAAAUUGGAAGGAUUGGUUUCCUGUUGGCACUGGUAUUGGAAUUGAAGUGUUUCCAAAACUGAAAGAGCUUUUCUUAAGCAGAUGUCCCAAGUUGGAGGGAAAAUUACCUGACAACCUUCCAUCAUUAGCAAAACUUGUGAUUGGAAAAUGUGAUCAGUUGGUAGUGUCAAUUCCUAGCCAUCAAAUGCUUAACGAAUUAAACAUCGACAAAUGCAAAGAGUUGGUGCGAGAAAGCAAGGUGGAACUUAAGUCACUAAGGUCCAUCUGUCUCAAUGACAUUUCGAACUUUAGGCAUCCAACUGAGGGAUUCAUGCAAGGAUUGAUAAGGGUAGAAGAUUUGAAGGUUGUUAGUUGUAGGGAGAUGGCUUCUUGGCAGGAUGAGUUACAACAGCUGAUUUCUCUUCGUUGUUUAGAAAUAGAAGACAGUUUUGAGCAUUUUACAUCAAUAGGAGAAGAAACAGGCCAGGUACAAUCAUGGAUACCUUCCAAAGUUGAAUCAAUGAAAUUAGAGAACUGUCACAAUCUUUUGAAGAUACUAGAAGGAUUGCAUCUAACGUUUCUUCAAGAGCUAUACAUUGUAAGCUGCCCAAGUUUCAUCUCUUUUGCAGAGGCUGGUUUGCCAGCUUCUCUAAGAGUUAUUUUUAUUGGAUGGUGCAAUUCUUUCUCGUUUUUAGCAAGAAGCCAGGUACCUCCAGCUUUGAAAAGGCUAACUAUAUGUUUUUGCCAUAGUUUGCAAACCUUGAUACAAGAGGAGGACAUCAACAGCACUAGCGCAUCUUUUCUUGAGACUUUGAUUAUGAAAGGUUGUCCAUCUCUCAUGUCAAUAUCAACAAGAGGAAACUUACCAGCAAGGCUGAAACACCUUCAGAUUCGGAGUUGUGAUGCUCUCAAGUAUUUAUCUUCUGACAAGUUGCCGACCACACUUGAACACCUUGAGAUCAAGGAAUGUGGUCGGCUUACACACUUAUCAUCCAAUGAUGAACUACCUCAGAUGCUUAAACACCUUCAGAUAUCUGACUGUGGAAACCUGGAGUCAAUUGCUGAUAGGUUUCAAGACAACACUUGUCUGGAAUCUAUUAAGAUCAUCGAUUGCCCAAAGCUUGAGUCCUUACCUGAGGGCCUCCACCUCCUUACCAAUCUUAGCAAGUUACAUAUUAGUUGGUGUGAUAGUCUGGUUUCGUUCCCAGAAGGAGGGUUGCCCACUUCCAACCUGAGAUAUGUUUCAGUCACGUUCUGUGGUAAACUGAAGGCCUUUCCCACAGGCAUGAACGGCCUCAGCUCCCUCAAUGAACUGAGAAUUUCCUACUGUGAAGGAUGCGCAUCCCUCUUGGAAGAUGGUUUUCCACCAAGCAUAGCAUCACUUUUUAUCUGGAAUUUCAAGGUCACUAAACCAUUUUUCAAGUGGGGGUUGCAGAGACUUACAUCUCUCAGAGAGUUGGUAAUCCGUGGUAAAGCUUCAGACAUGGUGUGCUUUCCACCUGAAGAACAGAAGGGGGUCAUGUUGCUGCCAAAAUCUCUCAUCGACCUGAAGAUUUUCGGUUUUCCAAAUCUGGAGUAUCUAUCGACUGAGGGAUUUCGGUGCCUCACCUCUCUUGAAUAUCUUACAAUCGGUUCCUGUGGAAAGCUAAAAUCUUUUCCCAAGGAGGGUCUACCUCUUUCACUUUUGAAACUUCAAAUCUCUGACUGCCCUCUAAUAGAGGAGCAAUGCAGAAGCAGUAAAGGAAGACUCUGGCCCUUGAUAGCCCAUAUUCCUUACAUUGAGAUUGAAGAUACAAAAUUCAAAAAGUAG